GCCACCGUCCGUACUCGAAAACCCAGAUUGUACAGACUGGAAAGCAAGCUACUCUGCAGUCCUACAAUUUCCAACAUAUUCAUCAGUUUGUGCUGGGGCUGACCUGAGCUGAAUCCUCUCUGAUUUGAGUCUCCUGGGCCAUAAGUUAUAGCACUAUGGAGGGUUUAAAGAUUGAAGACUACAUGGAUGUUGUGUACAAGUGUAAAUUUUGUCCAUAUACUUGCACACAGUCCCCAGAGAUGAGUGUUCACGUGAAAGAGCAACACUUGCAGACAGUGCAAAGUUCACAAACAGAUUCUACGAACACCCAAACUCAUAACAGCCAAUCUCAUACCAAUAGUUCAUCUUUGGCCAAAGCCCUGGAUGCAGCUGUGUCUGCCGCUGUGGGGAACUCCAGCACUCCACCAGUGACGUCGGCGGCGUCCACAGCCAGUAACUACAGCCUGAACAACUCCCUCAUCGGCAACAGCAGUAACAGCAACAGCUACGUGAACGGCGGCAGCAGUUUCUCGUUACAGGUGUCCGAUGAUGUGUUGAGUUUCACCUCUGAUAGUCAAGCCUAUUUGGACAAAGGUUUGACUUCAGUGUCGUUUGCCCCUCUGGCAGUGCCGGCAGUGUCACAGAGCGGGCCCCUGACCUUGAGCAACACUUCGACCCCCGACCUCACAGAGUUGAUUAACUUGGUCAAGCCGUCGGAGGAGAGCGGCGGCACCAGCGGUCAUCUGUCCACCUCCGCGGGCGGCCCCCUCUCCCUGGAGUCUGUGGUACAGCUGCAGGCAGCUCCUUCGGUGCAGCAGCUUCAGCCGUUCAGCUCAGACUCGGGCACGGCGGUGGCUUCCGCAGAAUUGCCGAAUCUGAACUCCUCUCAGUCGUACACUGUCAUGGCGAUUCAGCUGCAGGGUUACAAUGAAGGAAACUCAGGUGGUCAACCCCAGUACGUUGUAAGUUCAUCAGAACCGGCUGAACCUGUUAACAUCCCCGAAAAUGCAGAGACAAAGGAAUUCCUGCUUUGCGGCCUUUGCAAGUUGGCCUUUACCUCCAUGGAAGACUGCCAGACACACAUGCAAUCGGAGCACAAGGAACUGAUGCAGGGUACAGGCGUCAGUAUUGGAGUGCAGGUUGGAGGGGCAAAGAGAGGCAGGAAAAAGAAGUCUGAAAUGCAGCCUAAGAUUAAAACUGAACCAUUUGUUGAUCCCGAUGACUUGGAGUGGCUGCCGAGUGUGUCAGAAGGCACCAACACUACUCACCCAGAUGGACGCGUACGGCGAAGAGUGAAACCGCCGAAAGCUCUGAAGGACGACUAUGUGCUGGGGACGCGCCCGAAGAAACGGCAGCAUAAAGUCGCUGCUGCCCUUGGUUACCAAAUUUUCUGCCCCAUGAUGAGCUGCAAGGCGAGGUUCAAGACCGAUGAAGGUCUCAAGGUCCACGUGGCAUGUCAUAAUUUACAGGACACAGCAUUCACAUGCAAAGAGUGUCAGAUGCCUCAUGAGUUCUGGAAGCAUCUACGCAUGCACUUGUGGCGGCAUCAUCAGGUGGAUGUUGAUCUUUUGACUUGUGACGUUUGCAAUUACAAGACAGACACUCCUCAUAAGAUGUCAGUUCACAUGGAAAUUCACACUGAUGUGAAACCGUAUACCUGUAAUCUGUGUGGUAAAGGAUUCCGCCAGUCGUCCCAGAUGAAGAAUCACCAGGUCAUACACACAAGUCAGGAGGGCCGUGAUGCUUCAGGACAUUGGUUUGCCUCCAAAAAAUGCGACGUCUGUGAUAGGCUAUUUGCCAACAGCAAGUGCUUGAAAAAACACAAAGAAGCUGUCCACACCAACUUCAAGCCGUUCCAGUGCCUGUACUGUAACCACACCACUGCCAGGAAAGCCAUGAUGCAGCUUCACUUGAGGACCCACACAGGAGAGAAACCUUUCAAAUGUGAUAUCUGCGCCUACACAACAGGAGACCACAACUCCAUGAGACGACACAAGAUGCGUCACACAGGUCAGAAGCAGUACCAGUGCACUCUGUGUCCCUACACGUGCAUCCAGAGUAUCUCCUUGAAGCAGCACAUGAAGCACAAGCAUCCCGGGGCAGCUGGGGGGAUCUUCCAGUGCUCUCGUUGUCCUUUCAGAACCAUCAACCAGACCUUCUACAACAACCAUAUACAGGACCACAAGAAAGGUCUCAUCCCUGACAAAAUUGUUCCAGCCAAACUAGAUCUUCCCAAGGCUCGUAAAGUCAUGGCCCGGUCCCACACCAACUCACACAAACACCAGGCUGGUGUCUCCGGACACACUGUGAUGGAAUCUCUGUUGGUGAAGCACCCACAGUUCCACGCCGUUCUUCCUGGUGAUGAGCCGAACACACUGACCAACAUCAGCACUAACGCUCCAGUAGGCAUCACCCCGAGUAACGCAGGAGUCCAGGGAGAAGUGUUCAACAUGCAGGUGACGAUGUUGCCCGAGGGUGAUACGCAGGUGAAUGCGGAGGACAUGGCUCGUUUGUCGGAGUGUCCCGGUCUGAUGAGGACAGGCGUGUCGUCCCUUCAGCUGAUCUAUGCCACAUUGUCCACCAUCAGCGAACAGAGCAACGCGGCACAGCUGGGUGAAGGGAGGUCAUCGCUGUUGACGGCAGAACUCCUCGGUGGCAUACACACAGCUGUGCUGAGUUCUAUGCAGGACGGGGUCACUGUUCACUCCAUCACCUACCACCUCCCCGGCCCGGACAGCAAAGAGGGUGUGGUCCCCCACGUCAAGCCUGAGGUCAACGUGGAUGGGAAGGGGGAAGCUUGCGGAGGGGAGAACAACGGCAACAGCGCCACUGUCGUGGUGGAUGAGGAGGAUGUUGAGUCUAGUUUACUAACGAAUGUCGGGGAGGGAGGUCCGGCUCAGACCUUGAAAUCUGAUGAACUGUUCCUGGUAGGUAGUGGAGAAGUGAUAGAUGUGAACAAACCUGUUGGUGACGUGGAAAAAAUCAGUGCUCCCACUCUUCUAGAGGUGGGUACUGGCAAAGUGUGUACCGUGGUCGCAGAGUCGAAAAUGAAAAUGCAAGGGUCAAGCACCUUGAGGGAAAUGCUUGAGGACAAAAUGGCUGUAGUGGACAACUCCAACUCUGAGGUGAGCUUCAUCCAGAUGAAUUUUAUCACGGAUACCGAUGUGGAAUCAAGUGCUGAAUAAGCUGUUGCUUUUUUUUAUAAAGUCCCACAUCCUACUGAAUUCAUCACCAUUGGAUAAAAGAUGAACUGAAGCAAAGGCUGAGAUGACUUGCCAGAAUGUUUGGUUUUCCUCUUUUGAUCUACUGUUCACUUGACCAUCAAGUUUUACUCUCCAGAAUUCGGCUACUCUGAGGAAAUUAUGAAUUUAAAUGAAUCAAAAGUUGAUACAGUUGGGCACAGAUAACAUAUGAACAUGUACAGUUGGAAAUCAUGGAUAGGUCAUACAGUGUUUCAUUCCCUGAUUGAGCGGUAUAUUCUCUUUCUUUUGUUUUGACAACACUGUUUUCUCAAACACCUGUGCGGAUUUGUUGAAACAGCCCAUCUUGAAAAACCUGAUCAAACUGUUCCUCCCACGAAUUCAAAUCAAAAUCGCCCUACGCACAUGAUGGAAAACAAUACGCCUAUCUUAAUGGAGAGUAUCAGGUUAUUUGAGUCCACCAUGCUCGCCCCUGCACAAUGUGAUCAUGAUAAAUUAUACACUGCUGGUAUUGAGAUGCAGAAUAUCAUAUGUAAGGCAUCGUGGUGAAAUCAGGCGCUCGUCAAAAUCGUGAAAUCAAAGAAAUUAGCAUUUUUCUGAU